AAACUCUGUUGUUUUCUAGUUCUUCGUCGGUCCCCACAAUUUCCAACUGUGCCUACUCCCUUCUCUGGUUCGUCAAGAUCGGGUGAUUCAACGAAGAUUCCCAGGUCAUCACCCUGUCCUUUCUUCUCUCCAAGAAAUCUAUGGAAGAAGAUUAUAACAGCAGAUCGAGCUCCUAUGGAAAUGGAGGGACGAUGCAGAUGGAGAGUUACUAUAGCCCAGCAGCAAGACAACCCACUUCGUACGAUUUUAGGAGCUACAGUGCCUCCUAUGCGCAGACUCAGAUGGGUAACAACAGCAACAACUUCGGAUAUAACAACAGGGAGUUGAAGUUGAAGAAAGGAAAAGGCACUUCUGGGUCAUCUUCUUCCAAGUGGAGCUUCACUGACCCAGAGUUUCAGAGGAAGAAGAGGGUCGCAAGCUAUAGAAUGUAUAGUGCGGAGGGCAAGGUCAAAGGGUCCUUCAGGAAGAGCUUCAGGUGGCUUAAGGAAAAGUACACCCGGGUCGUUUAUGGGUGGUGGUGAUUUGGUGGGUUUUCUCGUCUUUUCUUCGUCUUUUGCUCUUUCUUGUAUUUUUUGCUUCUAUGUAAGGUCUUGGUGACACAGAAAACACGGAAGUUUCAAAGAAUCAUACUUGUCAUAUAAUUGAUGAAUGGGGUAGUCAUUUGUACAUUAGACUUGAGUUGUAUGUUCCGCUGCUUAUAAUAAAUUGGGAUUUGGUGUUCAGAUA